AAUCUCUCAGGUUUUCGACGAACUGCAGUAAGCAAUGAGGAAUUGUCACAACGGCUGUGACAAGUGUAACUGCAGUGCAAUUAUGGCUGUGUCGGAGAUUGACCGAGCGUCCGAGUGCUACGGCGCCGAUUUGGCCGGUUUAUUUGGAAUGUUGUUUGGUCUCCCGGAAUGGGGCCGGCAUUUCUCGAUGACCCCGUAAUUGUGCUUGGGCUGGUGGCUGUACAGUACCCAGGCUGUCGCCAACUGUGGACUUUUGCAAUCACGAUACCUUUGAAACUGUAAGCUUCUCUCGACAAAUAGGUUCAGCAUCUUCCAUUAAUAUUUACUUGAAAAGGUUGCUUGAUUACCCCGGUAUCACCUAACGCAUCUCUGUUAGGACCUUGGACCUAUAAAGCUGAUAUGGAACUCGAUCAUGCGUGCAAUUUUUUCGGCAAUUCUCCAUCUAGGCGACACUGGCUCUCCAUUCUUCGCCGUUCUAGAGCAGGGCGUCAGCCUUUUCAUCGCUCAAUCCCCAGCUUCAACCUGGCGAGAUUUUGUCGACCAUAGCCCAACCCUCCAAAAAGCAUAUGCCGGCUGUUUUCACCGCAGGACGUAGCAUGCUCUCUACCAUCCUAGCGUUCAUAUCUUCUUCAUCACACAUUGACAUGGGUUUACGAGCCAUUCACGAUGAUCAUGACAGCGGUCGUCGCCCCCUCGCACGUUCACAAUGUGAAUGUAAACUUCGCAAAACGAAUGUCUUCAUUCCAAUAUCGUCGGGCGUCACCAUCGCAAUGCCCAGUCCUGUUUGCAUGUCUUGUCCCAAGAAGGUGCAGCAUAGUGAGAAGGAAAAAGAAAGCUUAUGUUUUCCCAAGUUGGUGGUCGAUAUCACCCAAAGCAAAAGCCGAAAGAUGCCUUCCCAAAAGUCAGAGAUACUCCCCGAGUCAUUGAGGACUCGGACCUGGAGGAGGAUCUCGCAGACGGCUAAAGCAUCGCUGGCGCCUCCUGUUUUCAGCACUGAGGAGGUUACUUCUCUGGAAAUGCGAUCCUUGUCCAAUGCAGGAUAUGCAUCCCUGCCACAAACACCAUCUACAGCUAAUUUGCAACAGUGCCUCCACUAAUGGUCGAGUGACAAGGUCGCCCACUGAUUCGGUUCAUUAGUUGUACGCUAUGCGCUGAUUAUAUUAUUGUAUAAGUUUCGCAACCCGAGUCUCGGUACCUUGUUAUUUUCAUGCCUAUAUCUUGCCCACCCACUUGAACCUUACCUUAUUUUCUUAUCGCAUAUAUGUCUCAUAGUAUUAUCGUCUUGGCCUCUCGAUUUCAGCUCUGGAUUGUACACUAUUCUUGCUCUGCCCUUUUUUUAGGUAUUUUCUCUCUAUGUAUGGUUCAGCAUCUUUCUAUGCAUCUCGUCUUGAAUCAGUAUGGUCGCUAUACACAUUAGGCCUAA